GCGCUCCGAGGGGAACUUUCCAGAACGCUCGGUGAGAGGUGGAGGGGUGGCGGCUCCCGAACUGCGUACAGCUACGCGCUCCGUCCCGCUCCCCCACACCAGCCUCGGUCCGCUCAACUGUGAGUUUCAGUCCUCGCGCUUCCCCUUGUCUCCGCCUGGCGCCAUUGGUGGCGCCGGGAUUCCGGAUGGAGUCGCGGGCGGGAGGCGGUUGGCUCCGCGUGGGCGAGAGGGUUGUCGGUACCCAUAUCCACGAUUCUCAGUCUGGAGGGCUGGUGUGUGACUCGGCAAUGUAUCUCCGGCUCGCAGUGAAUGGGCCCGAGACCUUGAACUCUCCCACUCCUCAUCCAGUCUGUGGACCCAGAGGAGGCGCCGCCUUCCUGCCCCUCUGUCCGCGCCCCCGACCCCCCCGUACCGUACUUUCUCGGGGUGGGCGGCCUCGCGCGCACGCGCAGAGGGAGGCAGGGGUCGAGGGGCUGCGGGAGGAGCCUGCGGCUUUCGUUUCUUUCUCCCCACCCUCUCUUUGUUGAGGGCUGGGCUUCGCUCUCCACCCCUUCGAUCCGUGGUGGGCGGGAGAAAGGAAGGAAACCUUAACGGUCGGCGCCAAAUGCAGGGGAGAACCUGACGAGAUGUAAAGUACCCUGCCUUAUGGGGAGAGGGGGUUGGACGGUUAAAGCGGAGGAGUGUAAACCCUGUGAUUGAGAAACAUCUCUAAGGACUUGGGGGAGGGGAGCUGUUUCUCUGGAUCUGGUGUUUCUGAUUAUUUCUGUAAACCAAUUCCCCCUAUCCCCAAUUGUGCCCAAACGUCUUUUUUCUGGGGAGUAUAUGGCGUUAUUAGACUUACCAAAGACGGUAAAACGUGAGAAUCCACGGACCGAACCUACUAUGCUUCUUUUUAUUGUGGCUGGCUGUCACCACCUUUGGGAGGGGGAAACAAGCAACCCAGAUAAUAAUGUGUUAGUUCGGAUACUUAGUGUGGGAGAGUGGAAGCCAACUGCUAGAAGGAGCCCUUGAGUUAUUCGUUGGUAAUUACUGUUUUAUGUUUAGUCUACUAGAAUUUGUGGUUGAGUUAUCCCAGAAAUUGUUACUUUUAUUGUGAAGUUUAGAUAGUGAGGUGGUAUUCCUCUAAUCAGAUUUGGCGAAGGACUCAACUUUUGUCUUAACUCUGAUUUUACUAAUUAAAACUACAAUUUGAAAGUCGGUUAAAAUGGCAUUUUCUUAUUUCAGGCUGUAGAAAAUGGUGAAAGAAACCACUUACUAUGAUGUUUUGGGGGUCAAGCCCAAUGCCACCCAGGAAGAGUUGAAAAAAGCUUAUAGGAAACUGGCCUUGAAGUACCACCCUGAUAAAAAUCCAAAUGAAGGCGAGAAGUUCAAACAAAUUUCUCAAGCUUAUGAAGUGCUUUCUGAUGCAAAGAAAAGAGAAUUGUAUGACAAAGGAGGAGAGCAGGCCAUCAAAGAGGGUGGAGCAGGUGGUGGUUUUGGCUCCCCCAUGGACAUCUUUGAUAUGUUUUUUGGAGGUGGUGGAAGGAUGCAGAGAGAAAGGAGAGGAAAAAAUGUUGUGCAUCAACUGUCAGUAACGUUAGAAGAUUUAUAUAAUGGUGCAACAAGAAAACUAGCUCUGCAAAAGAAUGUGAUUUGUGACAAAUGUGAAGGCCGAGGUGGUAAGAAAGGAGCAGUAGAGUGCUGUCCUAAUUGCCGAGGUACUGGAAUGCAAAUACGAAUUCAUCAGAUAGGACCUGGAAUGGUUCAGCAAAUUCAGUCUGUGUGCAUGGAGUGCCAGGGCCAUGGGGAACGGAUCAGCCCUAAAGACAGAUGUAAAAGUUGCAAUGGAAGGAAGAUCGUUCGAGAGAAGAAGAUUCUAGAAGUUCACAUUGAUAAAGGUAUGAAAGAUGGCCAGAAGAUAACAUUCCAUGGUGAAGGAGACCAAGAGCCAGGACUGGAGCCAGGAGAUAUUAUCAUUGUUUUAGAUCAGAAGGACCAUGCUGUUUUUACUAGACGAGGAGAAGACCUUUUCAUGUGUAUGGACAUACAGCUGGUUGAGGCAUUGUGUGGCUUCCAGAAGCCAAUAUCUACUCUUGACAACCGAACCAUAGUCAUCACUUCUCAUCCAGGUCAGAUUGUCAAGCAUGAAGAUAUCAAGUGUGUGCUAAAUGAAGGCAUGCCAAUUUAUCGUAGACCAUAUGAAAAGGGGCGCCUAAUCAUCGAAUUUAAGGUAAACUUUCCUGAGAAUGGCUUUCUCUCUCCUGAAAAACUCUCUUUGCUGGAAAAACUCCUACCUGAGAGGAAGGAAGUAGAAGAGACUGAUGAAAUGGAUCAGGUAGAACUGGUGGACUUUGAUCCAAACCAGGAAAGACGGCGUCAUUACAAUGGAGAAGCAUAUGAGGAUGAUGACCAUCACCCCAGAGGUGGGGUUCAGUGUCAGACCUCUUAAUGGAGGCCGCUGAAUAUUGCUCACUCUUGGCAUUUUAUAUGCCGUAGUGAAGAAGUGAAGGACUGUAAUCAUAAUAUGCUCACUACUUGCUAUUGUUUUUGUUUUAAUGUUCAACUAUAGUAGUGUUUUAAAGUCAAGAAUAAACUCAAAUAUAAAAGCUCUGACUUUGCCCUGUAUGUACGAUGACUUCAGUGUGCAAGAUAAAGUCUAAUACUUGUAAAGGCUACUUUUGGUUUUUAAAAAAGAAAAAAUCUUCUCUAGUGUUUGUUGGGCCAUACCUUGUAAUUGUUUUCAGCUGUGCACAUGGACUAGCUUAGACUGAAAUGCUAGGUGUGUAUAUUGACUUCAGUCUAUGACCCUUAAUUGUUAAGCUGUAAAAUUAAAACUGUACUUAACUGGCAACCAAAAGAAAAUCUGAAUUUGUGGAGAAGUGUUGGUUUGUAUAAUUAUUUGUAUUAACGUGAGAUUCGUUGUGAUGAUUCUGCAUUUUUCUGUUGCCUCAACUGUUUCUUGAAGAUGGCUCAAGAUAUAAUUUAGCAUGUGAUAUAAGUGGUGGAAAUGAUACCUUUCUAAAGAAGGGAUUUAUCAUCCUAUACUGCUUCUUGAGGUCUUGUACUUCUAGAAUUGCACUUACUUUGGCUGUGCCAUCUUUUUAUGUAUAUAUUAUAUGAAAGUAUGUUGAUUGGUUCUGGUUUUUUUGUUUGUUUUAACCCCUUGUCUUUGGACCAUGAUAAGCCCCAGAGUAGGGACUCCAGGAGUUGGGUAACUUAGAAGACAAAGUGAAGAUACCUUUACAUGGAGAAGUAAUAUGCAUGUAUGAGAUAGGAAAGGUGUUCCUUAGCUAUGUUACAGGCUUCUUUAAACCGUAUAACUUCACGCUCCAAAGUAUUGUAAUGAUGGUAGUAUAGCAAAUUAGGAUGAAUAGCUUUAAUUGUAUGUUUAAACGUCAUCAUAUGUUCACAUGCUUAAAUCUGGAUAUUAGAAUUCAGGCAAUUCUUGGUAUGUAUGAAUUUCUCCUUAAUACACUGAUUGCAAAGCAUUUCCAAUGUGUGUCACUACAGGCUUUUUUUUUCCCAGCUCGAAGCCUUGGCUUUUCCCUAAUUAAGAUAGGUAACUUUUCCUUUAGCUAAAAUGAGUAAUACCAAAAAAUACUUAACUAUAGUUAAAUGUUUAAUAUCAUUUAAACCUGGAUGGGGAGUGAUAAUGGGGGUGGGGGUAAUGUGCCAAGGGUGGUUUAAAACUUGGUAAACACUGGAGUAAGAGUGAGAGAGCUUUUUGCCUAUUCUAACCUAUCCUCAGGUUCUGCUCUCUGUCCUGUAAUUGGGAAGCUUAAAUAUUUCCAACCUGGAAGUGGCCAGUAUCAUAAGUUCCUCUAUAGAGAACACCAACUUAAAAAGAUACUAAAACUUGAUGUAGAAAAUAUCUCCCAAGUGUUCUGUGCUUCUUGUCGAUUCUCUGUUGACGGCCUCUUCCCUCUCCCAUUAGCAUUAGUGUUGGGCUGUCUCUUAGUUCCUUUGCCAGACAGCUACCUUAAUACAGUUGGUAGAUAUGAAAGAGAUGUUCUGGAAAGGAGAGAGAAAAGCCAAGGCAGUGAAGAAAUAGGAAAAGGUGACCUAGGUGCCUGGUAUAGGCUCUCAGUAAACAGUUAGUUGCCCACGCCUCAUUUAAGUAGCAUCCCAUGUAGACAGCAACACUGACUCAUCAAAGUAUUCAAAAUCAUACAUGUGACAGAUUUUAAUUUUAACUGAGCUUACAUACAGGUUCUAAAAGCUGCAAUGAGUAUGUAUUGUGGUACAUUUAAAGAGCUUUGAAAAAUUACAAUAUAAAAAUUGUAAGGACACUUUAAAAACAGUUAAUUUUUCUAAUUAGAGAAGCAGAAACUGACAGAUAUCAUCUGUGUAGUCUGUAUAUACAGUCAUGUGCCACAUAACAUCCCUUCAGGUAACAUCCAACUGCAUAUGUGUCUGUGGUCUGGCUUGUGGCUGCUCGGAGGAGUGGGCACCCAAUCCUGCUCCCAAAGGGUCAGCAGGCAUAGUGGGGCCCAGCUAGGGCAGGGGUCCUAGGUCACUGAUAACCCCCCUGCGUCCCCACCAUGACCUUCCUAGGGCUGUGGCCACCGGGUGGUACUAGCCAAGUAAGUGCUUACCUGAGGGAUCUGCAACAGGAGCUGCCCAAGCCAGUACCCCACAGACAAAGGUGUUUAUACAACAUCCGAAUCACAUAACAUCCUGUUUCACAGAACAUGUCCUGGAUGUUAAGCAACACAUGACUAUAUACGAUACGUGUCUUAAGUCUCUGAAGACAACCAAGGUCAUUGCUCACAUAAGUAUACGUAUAGUUCCUCACCACAGCAGUGAUUAAUGCUUUCUCUGUGAUGCUUCCCCUCCCCUGCCCAUUCAUUCAGACGUACACAGUCGGAAUAGAAGUAGAUAAUGUCUUAGGAGGGUGAUCUUGGAACACUUUUCCUGUAUAUGAAAUUAGCUUCAUAAGUCUGCAUAUGGUACUGGUUCCCAGCCUUGGCUACAAUGGGAAUGACCUGGGAAGCUUUAACAAAUACUGACUGAAUCCUACACUCCAGGGAUUUUGAUGUAAUUGAGCUAGUGUGGCCUAAGCGUCGGGACAAUUCUUAAUGUGCAACCAAUGUUGAAAGCCACCUGGGACAGGGUAAUGCCACUUUAAGAGCACUUGUGGAAGGUCAAAUAAUGGCAGCCAGCCCUAGCUAUUGCAACAAGUUCAGACCAGGAAGAGCUUAGAUGAACACUUGAUGGCAAUUUCUUUUUUGAAAUAACAUGGGAAAAGGAAUCAUAAAGCUCUCAAAGUGCAGUGAAUGAGCAUGCUAGCAAGCUGCAGCAAUACAAAAAUGCCAUUCCCAGGGUUUCUGAAGUCUUGGCACCUUUAACACAAUUUGAUUAUUGUAGCAACCUUGUGAGACACAAAACACCUACUUUGUAGUGGGUUCAAGUGAUCAAGUGUUUCUCAAAUUUGAGCGUGUUUGCCGGACCACACCACCAGUUUUUAGUGAUGUAGGCCUGGCGUGGGACUUGAGUUUGCAUUUCAAACAAGUUCCCCAUGAUGCUUUGAGAACCGUUGUUCUACCUUGGGUGGCAUGAACAGUUAAGAGCUCCGAGCUCUGCCGCUAAUGAAACAGUUGUACCAGAAGAGGCUAGCAAUCUGAAAAAUCAGACAUUGAUGUCACUGAAUGGGACACAGUUCUACCUUGACACACAUGCAGUCACCCUGAGUUGAAAUCACUUCGCAGCUGGCAACAACUGGUUCUAGCCCAAGUAAAAAGAAACUUGACAGCAAAGCCUGGAAUCCAGGUCCUGUCCUGUAAUUCAAUUCUCAUCUCACUGCCGGUAGCCAGUGUAGAUAAACGUUUUUAACAGAAUGUGGAGAAAUAAUCCAUGGUUUCUUUGCCUCUGCCCAAACCUAAAGUUUGAGUGACGGCAAGAUUCAGAGAGGCAGAGAAAAAUGAUAAAUAUUGGGAUGACCUAAUACAGAACCUUCAAAGAGUACCGCCAACCGAUUCAACAGCAUCCAACCCUCAUAUACUUCACCACUAUCUCGGGCAUUGGUUAAGAGACCAGCACCAUCUGACUGCCAAACCUGUGAAGUGAAAAUCCCAUGGUGCUACCAGAUGUCUCCAGCCUUUGGCAGUUGGCUCCGGCGGGUGCUCAGCGCGCUCACCGAAGCCUGUGUAGGGCUUCCCUUGUCCAGGUUCCAGUUCCUGCGCUGCUUGGCCUUGCCCCGACUUGGAGCAAAGGCGCACCGGGAGCAGGUAGGGACUCACCGGGGGUGCGCGGCACCUCGCGCAUGCGCGGCCGGCCACCUGCCUCAGCUCCCGCUCGCCGGGCUACGGCGGGGAGAGCCGGGCGGCCGGUGAUCCCGGUGGCCUUAGUUAACCUCGUGGAUGGACGCGCGCUCCUGCUUAACAAAGGGCUCCCUGUCUUCACUAUUGGAGCGAUGGCCACAUGGGUUUUAGAAGAAAAUCUAAGCAGAGUAAUGAUAAGAGCAUGUUCCCAUUUUUUAACAAAACUUGAAAUAACAAACGCUGUUUUCAGUUUUAAAAAAAAAAAUUCAUUCCCGCGGAGUCGAUUGACUCACAGUCCCUAUAGGACAGUAGAACUGCCCCACAGGGUUUCCAAGGAGCAGCUGCAUUCGAACCGCUGACCUUUUGGUUAGCAGCCGUAGCUCUUUAAUGAAGAAAGUGGAAAGAUUUACCUGGUUGAGGCAGGAGAUUGAUUUUCAUCUCUGUUUUCUUGGUAUACCCAGUAUAUCACUUUGUUACAAAGAAAAAUAUAUGUAAGGGCACCCACCCAUAGCUAGAGGAUUAAAAUCAAGGCCCCUUCCCCUGGCCUCUUCCUACACUGCCGUAUUUGCCCAGCACAUACCUUGCUGUUGUGCCACACUGCUCCUAGUAAGGUUCUCUCUGCUUACUCAACAGUGCCAAAACUACCACCAGCUCCUGCUGGUCCUUUUACAGUCACCUCCAGGAAGCCUUUCCUAACCCUGUGGGGCUUAUUAAGUGACCCUCCUCCCAUUAGCAAAAAAGCACAAGCUUUUUUCUUAGCACACUUUUAAAAAUUAACACUUUAAGACAGUUUUAGGUUUACAUAGAAGUAAGAGCUCCCACGUAACUAUUAGCAUCUUGCAUGUGUGAUACACUUGUUACAACUGAUGAACCAACAUUGAUACAUUAACUGGUCCAUAGUGGACAUUAGGGCUCACUCUUGGUGUUGUACAGUUGUUUUGAUAAAUGCAUGCAAUAUAUCCAUUAUCGAAGUAUCAUACAUAAGAUUUCACUGCCCCAAAUACUCUGUGCUCCACCUAUUCACCCUUCCCUUACCCCAGCGACCUUUGAAGUUUUCACUGUCUUUGUAGUUUUGCCUUUUCCAGAAUGCUGUAAUCACACUACAUAACUUUUGGGGGCUAGCUUCUUUCACUCAGCAAUAUGCAUUUAAGGGUCUUCCAUGUCUUUUCCUAGUGUGAGAGCUCGUUUAUUUUUAUUGCUGAGUAAUAUUCCACUGUAUGGAUAUACCAAUUUGUUUAUCCAUUCACCUACUGAAUAUCUUGGUUGCUUCUAAAUUUUAGCAGUUAUGAAUAAAGCUGCUAUAAACAUUCCUGCGCCGGUUUUUGAGUGGACGUAAGUUUUCCACUCACUUGAGUAAAUACCUUGGAACACGACUGCUAGAUCAUAUGGUGACACUAUGCUUAGCUUUUUAAGAAACUGCCACACUCUUCCGAAGUGGCUGUACCGUUGCGCAUCCCCACCAGCAAUGGACGGGAGUUCCUGUUGCUCUAUGUCCUCACCAGCACUUGGUGCUGUCGCUGUUUUGGAUUUUAGCCAUUCUAAAAGGCUUGCAUGUUGCCAUGAUAACAGACAAGUUUCAGAGUAACUUCCAGACUAAGAUGGAUUAAGAAGAAAGGCCUGGUGAUCAACUUCCAGAAAUCAGCCAAUGAAAACCCUACAGAUCACACUGAUCUGAUCCACAGCCAUCAUGGGGAUGGCACAGGGCAAGCAGUGCUCCGUUCGGUGGCGCAUGGGGUCGCCAUAAAUUGGGGGCCAACUCAACAGCAGCUAACGAUAGAUGCCAUUGAUAUCUCAUUGUUGCAUUUUAAUUUGCAAUUCCCUAAUGACAAAUGCUAAGCAUCUUUUCAUGUUUAUAUGCCAUCUGUGUAUCUUCUUUGGUGAGGUAUCUGUUCAAAUCUUUCGCCCACUUUUUUUUUUUCAGACCAUUUUUUUUUUCCUAAGAUUAUGGCACAUUUUUAAAAAAUUUUUAUUGUGCUCUAAGUGAAAGUUUACAAAUCGUCAGUUUCUCAUACAAAAAUUUAUAUGCACCUUGCUAGCAGUUUCUCAUACGAAAAUUUAUAUGCACCUUGCUACAUACUCCUAAUUGCUCUCUCCCUAAUGAAACAGCCCACUCUUACCCUCCACUCUCUGUUUUCGUGUCCAUUCCACCAGCUUCUGACCUCUGCCCUCUCAUCUCCCCUCCAGACAGGAGAUGCGAACAUAGUCUCAAGUGUCUACUUGGUCCAAGAAGCUCAUUCUUCACCAGCAUCAUUUUCUAUCUCAUUGUCCAGUCUAAUUCCUGUCUGAGGAGUUUUGCCCACUUUUUGAUUGGAUUGUUUUUCUUAUUGCUGAAUUUUAAGAGUGCUUUGUAUAUUCUGCAUAAAGUCUUUGAUCUGAUCUGUGUGUUUUGCAAAUAGUUUCUCUGAAUCUGAGGCUUGUCUUUUCAUUCCCUUGGUUUUCAUAGAGCAGUUUUUAAUUUUAAUGAACACCCAACUUGACAAUUUUUGCUUUCAUGGAUCAUGCUUUUAAUGUUGAAUUUUACUCACUGCCAAACCCAAGGUCACCUAGACAUGAAACAGAUACCCAUGUGCAAAAUAUAUUCAAGGGUAUCACAGGGUUUUAAGUUUUUUCCUUUAGCUAACUGAUGAUGCACACUGCAAACAAGACUCGCUAAGUCUCAGGUCCUUUUCUAAUUACUCUUCAGGACAACAGUACACUUCAUUGCCAAAUCUUCCUCCACGUACAAAAGGAUAAUGUCAAAACUUUAAAUUCUCAGAAUGGAUGCUGAAACCAGUACUACUCCGAAAGCUGGCCAGAACAGCUGAAAAGGCACAGCUGAGAAGAAUGAGUGGAAGGCUGAGAGGGCAGUGAAAUGAGAUCUUACGUAUCACCUGACCUUUCUACAUACCAGUCUACUCUACUAUCUCAGGAAAUGCCUUCCUGCUGUACUUGAGAUUCAGGGAUAAUAAUACUGCCACCGCCACUUUAAGUAAAUCAGUUAAAUGGAUAAGCACAUAUUAAAAACAACACCUCCAGACAGGUGGAAAGUUUAUUAACAUCUUAAAAAAAAAAAAAUGAACAGAAAACAGCUAG